AUGUCUUUCCUUCAUAAUCAUUCUUGCGAGUGCGUUAAGUCAGAAUUGGAUUUGUUUGCACUACCGUCUACACAAACUAGCAUUGAAAAUGGAUUGUGGAUUCAUUAUAAACCAAUUUCAUCUCUUGGUGAUGAUGGACCUAUCGAGUUUCAAGUUCCUGGGACCGGCGAUGACUACAUAGAUUUGUCUCAUACAUUACUCCACAUAAAGGCAAAAGUAUUAAAUCAAGAUUCAACUAACUUGGUAUCUACUACAAUAGUAGCACCUGUAAAUAAUUGGCUGCAUUCACUUUUUAGUCAACUUGAUGUUUAUUUAAUCCAAAAACUUGUAUCACCACCUAAUAAUACCUAUGCAUAUCGAGCAUACAUGGAAACCCUUUUAAACUAUGCCCCUGCUGCUAAACAAUCUCAUCUUACUUGUAGUCUUUGGUAUGAGGAUACAGCAGGAAAAAUGGAUUCUACAGAUGGUAAAAACAUAGGAUUUGUUAAAAGACAGGAAUUGAUUAGUGAAAGUAAGGAAAUAGAAAUGAUUGGUCAUCUUCACGGUGACAUUUUUAACCAAGAUAAAUUUUUAAUUAAUGGUGUUGAAAUGAGUGUUAAAUUGGUUCGAUCAAGAGAGAGUUUUAAUUUAAUUGUUGGGUCAAACGAUGUAAAGUUUAAAGUUUGCAUUACGGAUGCAACUCUUAUUGUUCGACGAGCACGAAUUAAUCCAAGUGUAUUACUCGCACAUCAAAAAGUUUUAGCUUCUACCACUGCUAAAUAUCCUAUUACUCGAGCUGAAGUAAAAGUUUUAACAAUUCCUUCGGGUGUUCAAGGAAAAACUCUUGAUAAUAUAUUUUUAGGACAGGUACCGAAAAGAUGUAUAAUUGGAUUUGUGAACAAUUCUGCAUUUAAUGGUUCCCUUACUAAAAAUCCAUUUAACUUUGAAAACUAUGGUAUUAAUUCUUUCAGCUUAUAUAUUGAUGGUCAACAAAUACCUUCAAAAGCUUUGCAACCAUCUUUUAAUAAUAGCAUAUUUACAUCAGCAUAUCAUACUCUAUUCUCGGGAACUGGUAUUCACUUUCUUAAUGAAGGAAAUGGAAUCUCUUGUGAACAGUAUGGCAAAGGUUACUGUCUAUUAGCAUUUGACUUAACUCCUGAUUUAUCAGCUAACUCAUCAACUCAUUGGAAUCUCAUAAAGCAUGGUAGUGUAAGAAUAGAAGUACGAUUUGAAUCCUCAUUAAUACAAACAAUUAACUGUAUAGUUUAUGCUGAGUUUGAUAAUAUUAUUGAGAUAGAUAAAAACAGAAAUGUUACUGUAGACUAUAGUAGUUAA